UUUAGCCGCGGACUCAAACCGGAAGCUGCUUUUCUAGCUGAGGGGCCGGUGGGGGAGGGGCAGGCUGAGGGGAACGUGGGUUGAACGUUGCUCUCUGGUGUGGAGCUCAAGCUGGAACAGGAGUUCGGAGCGAUCCGGCGCGAAGAAGGGGAGGACCCGCGGCAGGGUUCAUUGAAAAAUCCUUAGUGAUAUUGACAUGUUUCAAGUGACAUAAAUUAGCCAGUGACUCGGAAUGAUGGAUUCCCCGAAGAUUGGAAAUGGUUUGCCAGUGAUUGGACCAGGGACUGAUAUAGGGAUAUCUUCACUCCACAUGGUGGGGUAUUUGGGAAAAAAUUAUGACUCAGCUAAAGUACCGUCAGAUGGGUAUUGCCCUGCUUGUAGGACGAAGGGAAAGUUAAAAGCCUUAAAGACUUACCGAAUUAGUUUCCAAGAAUCUGUCUUUUUGUGUGAGGAUCUGCAGUGUAUCUAUCCCUUGGGCUCUAAAUCACUUAAUAACUUAAUUACUCCUGAUUUGGAAGAUUGUCACACUCCAAAUAAGCCUCAAAAAAGAAAGACCGUGGAAACCAACUAUAAAGAUUCACCUCUUGUAGCAAAUUCCAAAAAGACUAAAAAUCAUAGUGGUAUUGAUGGUGAACAAGUUUUGAACAGUAAACAUAAUGAAGAAGAGUAUGAUGAAACCUCAUCAGACUUACCUGGUUUACUACACGGUGGUCAACAGAAUCCAAUUAGGACAACUGAUUCCUUGGAGAAGAAUGAGAUUUUGGAAGCUGAUAUUGUUGACACGGCUGCUGAAGAAGAUUCUACUAUGGUUGAUGUUUCUGGAACUGGAGGGACUUCCCCUCAAAAUGAAGGAUGCACAUCUGAACUGGAAAUGCCGUUGGAGAGCAAGCAUACCUCAUUUUGCCAGACUUCAUGUGUCCAGUGGAAAAACGCACAUGCUCUCUGUUGGUUAGACUGUAUCCUGUCAGCAUUGGUGCACUUGGAAGGGCUGAAAAACACUGUGACUGACCUGUGCUCUACAGAGGAGUCUGUGUUCGGUCAGUUGUUCACUAGGUAUAAUCAAGCCAAUGAGUUUCUGCACACCAGUCAGUUGGAUGGAGUUAAAGAUGGAGAUUGUAAAAAACUUCCUUCUGAAAUAUUUGCAAAGAUAGAGACCUGUCUGAAUGAAGUCAGAGAUGAUAUUUUUAUUAGGCUUCAGCCUCAGCUUAGGUGUACAUUAGGUGAUAUGGAAAGCCCUGUGUUUGCAUUUCCCCUGCUCUUAAAGACAGAACCCCACGUUGAGAACCUCUUCACAUAUUCUUUUUCUUGGAAUUUUGAAUGUUCACACUGUGGACACAAAUAUCAAAACAGAUGUAUGAAGAAUCUGGUCACCUUUACAAACGUCAUCCCUGAGUGGCACCCAGUUAAUGCUGCCCAUUUUGGUCCAUGUAACAAUUGCAACAAUAAGUCACAGAUAAGAAAAAUGGUCUUAGAAAAAGUAUCUCUCAUAUUCAUGUUGCACUUUGUGGAAGGCCUACCGCAUAAUGACUUGCAGCACUAUUCAUUUCAUUCUGAAGGCUGUCUUUAUCAAAUAACUUCUGUAAUUCAGUACCAAGCAAAUAAUCAUUUUAUAACAUGGAUUUUAGAUGCUGAUGGAAGUUGGCUGGAAUGUGAUGACUUAAAAGGCCCAUGUUCUGAAAGGCAUGAGAAAUUUCAAGUUCCUGCUUCAGAGAUACAUAUUGUUAUCUGGGAAAGAAAAACAUCCCAAAUGACAGAUAAAGCACCUGCCUGCUGCCCACUUAAAAAGACUUAUGAUCAACACGCUUUCGGAGAUGAGAAUCAAGUAUCUCCAGCAUUGUGUUCUGUAGGUGGUGCUGCCUCAGCUGAAAUGUCCUCAGGAACUCACCCCACAAAUGUGUCAGUUGCUCCUAAUACUCUUUCACAGGAUGAAGCCGUAACUUUUGAACAUCAUUUAUUUCCAGGUCUGAAAGGUUUGGUCGACAAGAAUAUUUCACCUUUGACAUUUGAAGAAAUACAGGUUAACUCUGAAGGUUUUUUAUUAGAAAAUAAACCUGUGGCAGAAAAUGCAGGGGUUGUCAAAACACAUACUUUGCAAUCGCAAGAGUCACUAAUGGCUUCUUUAGUAUCGGCUCCAUGCAAGGACAAGCUUACCCAAGACCAGGUUGUGGAUUUAAGUUUUUCAUCUCAACUUGUAAAUACAAAUGUGCCAUCAGUACAGCUGACUACAGAAGAUACUGUAGUUACUCAGCCUGUGAAUGAUAUUCGUGCUACUGACCUUACACAGAGAGUAAAGUCAGUAGAAACUGAGGGUACAGUUGCCCUAGAGAAGGAUGCUCCAUCAAAACAAUUUCUUUUACCAAAAACUGAGAAAUUAAAACCAGAACGACAUGUUACAUCUCAGGUGUCUGAUUUGAAGGAAAAAGAAACUGCAGCAUCUUCUCAAACCGUAACAGCUAAGCCGUCACAGAAUCCAUCUCUGAAAGAAAAUCAGAAAAAACCAUUUGUGGGAAGUUGGGUUAAAGGAUUAUUAAGCAAGGGUGUUUCUUUUAUGCCGUUUGGUGUUUCAGCUCAUAAUAGAAACACUAUGACUGAUUUGCAGCCUUCAGUUAAGGGGGCAAGUAAUUUUGGUGGCUUUAAAACUAAAGGUACAAAACAAAAGGGUAACUGGGCGUCCAGGGAAGCUCAUAGGUGUGCAAGUAAGCCUCCUCCAGUUAGUAAUCCUGCACCAAGCCAUCCAUCACCGGUUAGCACAGCUUCUCCUCUCCCUGCUAAUGGUAAUGGUGAUUUGGAAGUUUUGAAGAAAUGUGAAAACGCCUCAUAUGGAGCUCACCUCAACCACAAUUCUCAUGGAAAUGAAAAUGGUGUUUCUUCAGCAAACCAUGGAGACUCAGUUGAGGGUCAGAUUCAUAAACUUCGUCUAAAACUUCUUAAAAAACUUAAGGCAAAAAAGAAGAAAUUAGCUGCUCUUAUGUCUUCCCCCCAAAAUGGAACACUUCCAAGUGAAAAUUUAGAACAUAUGUCCCAUUGUGGAUCUCCAAAUGAUUGUGAGUCAAUAGAAGACUUGUUAAAAGAACUACAACAUCAAAUUGAUAUUGCCGAUAGUAAAUCUGGAUGCGCCACAGUUCCUAGUGUUUCCUCAUACAGUAGUCAAACUCAUGAAGAAAUUUUAGCGGAAUUACUGUCCCCUACAACUGUUGUUUCAACAGAGCUCUCAGAAAAUGAGGAGGCUGAUUUUAGGUACUUAGAAAUGGGAGAUAAUCAUAUCCCAGCACCAGUACCUAGUGAAUUAAACAAUAUUCCCCAAGACAUACAUCUGAGACAGGACCAUAAUUACUGCAGCCCCACCAAGAAAAAUCAAUGCAAAGUUCAGCCAGACUCACUCACAAAUAAUGCCUACGUUACAACAUUGAACUCGGAAAAUCCCAUGAAGACUGAUAUUUUUGAUGAGUUUUUUUCUACUUCAGCGUUAAAUUCUUUAGCAAGUGACACAUUAGACUUCACUCAUUUUGAUGACUAUCUGUUUGAGAAUUGUUGAAUGCUUGUUAACUCUUUUUAGUUUAAUAUUUAUUAUUAAUCAUGGAAAAAUUUACUAUGUUUUUAGGUAGUGUUUACACACUGGCCUUGUCAUGAACAAAAUGUAAGCUACUGAAGGUUUUACCUUUGGUUAUGCCCACAAAGCAUAUGAUCUGUUUCACAAAUUAAAUGAUGAAGAAUUUGU